AUGGGAGGAAACGGACCUGCACUUGUGAGUGAAAAUAACACCCCGAACUCACUAGUCAGGCCGAAGAAGCGAGCCAGGCGUCCCAACCGAACCCCAACGACUCAGCCUCCAGCAGUUUCGACUCCAUUCUCUCUCCCUCCUAUAAGUAAAAACAGUGCCUGCAGCGAGCCUGCCUCAACUUCUGUACUGUGUGCUGCACCUAUUAGUCUGUUCUCUACACUCGAGACUGUAAGCUUCAGUCAACCAGCCAUAGUGAAAAACCCGGCAACGUACGCAUCGGUUGCUGCCACGCAAACACCGGAAAGAGCACCGGUAACCAUUGUGCCCGGACUAGAGAAAACAAAACUGCCGCAGCACGGAUGGCACACACCAAGGCCGUUCACAAAUUUAACAAAAACACCGGAAACUGAGCCUCGAAAUCCAAAACCUUUAGCCACCAGGCGCAACCAUGGUGUCCUAAACAUUGUAUGCACUAAUGUCCCCGAAUCCAAAUCCGAUACAAUUAAGGGUAAGUUGACGGACGAUCAAAAUCAGUGGGGUUCCAUCUGUACGUCGAUCGGAGUCCAUGCUAAUCCCACGAUAUUACAAAGAAUCUCGCGCCACCCAAACGCGGUGCACUACGGCAAACCCCGGUUACUUCGGGUAACACUAAACUCGGCGGACGAGACUGAGGCCGUUCUGCUGUCUGCGAAUCGUCUCCGCAACGACUCAAGUGGAGUGCGCAUACUACCCAAAAUCCCGUGGAAAGAACGUUCAGGGGAUCCAGCUAACAGAGAGAGGUACAGAAUAAGUCAAAAUAAGAAAACAGUGAUUGCUCACGGUGUUCCUGAGCUUACUGACUCCUCUUCGGACGAUGCUCAGAUGCAUGACCGCGAGCAAUGGCACUACAUCCGGGAGGUUCUUUCUCUCGAAAAUGUGGUGGUCACCUCGUUGACAAGGAUCCCCAUAUCACCAAACUAUAAGGGAUGCGGUCCCAGGCUCUUAAAGCUUGUGUUCCAGUGA